GGGGGCGGGAGGUAGCCGUGUCCGUAAAGAUCGUCCAAUUCCGCACUUGACAACAGGCAACUUAAACACCAACCUGCAACACUUGGCUACAGCCUACCCCCUUCAAAGAAAAAGAACCCAAUCAAUCCACAAAUGCGCCUAUCCACCCCAUCACCAGGAUGAUGUCCUCCGCCAACGAAGAGGAUCCCUUCCUCCAAGUCCAACAAGACGUCCUCGCCCAACUAGACUCAACCAGACCCCUAUUCACAUCCUACCUCCGCAUCCGCUCCCUCUCCACCUCCCCAACCUCCCCUGAGCUCGCCUCCGCCCGCGCCGACCUCGAAUCCGCCCUCGCCUCCCUAGCCGAAGACCUCGCCGACCUCGUCGAGUCCGUCAAGGCCGUCGAAUCCGAUCCCGCCUCCUUUGGCCUCUCCACCCCGGAAAUCACGCGGCGCAAGAGGCUGGUCCAAGAUGUCGGCGGCGAAGUGGAAGAUAUGCGCGAGGAGCUCGCCAAAAAGCUAGGCGAUGUAUCCUCGGGCAAGGGGAAAUCAUCAGCAAACGGAGCAACGAAUUCAGACCUUCCCGACCCAAGCUCCUUCGCUAUAGGCGACGGCGACGCGCGAGACGGCGACUACGCCGCCGAGUUCGAGCAGCAGCAGCAGCUCGAGAUGAUGCGCGAGCAGGACGGCCACCUGGACGGCGUGUUCCGGACGGUGGGUAAUCUGCGGCGGCAGGCGGACGACAUGGGCCGCGAGCUCGAGGAGCAGAGGGAGAUGCUCGAGGUCGUGGACGGGGUGGCGGAUCGCGUCGGGGGCCGGCUGCAGACGGGGGUAGCAAAGUUGCAGUAUGUUAUGCGGCAUAACGAGGACCGGUUGAGCAGUUGCUGUAUUGCGGUGCUUAUUUUUGUUUUGAUCUUGUUGCUUGUUCUGUUGUUGAUUUUGUGAGAGAGUCCUGUCGCCCGUUCGCCAGCGAUGAGAUAUGAGCUUCGAGGGUGGGCGAGAACGCAUUCGGGACUGACUAGAAGAUGAAAAGAGGGAAGAAUGACGGCGAGGAUUAUCAGUAUUGUUUGAAUGGGUUAUGGGAGUUCAUGGAGCG